UGGUGGCUAAGCUACUCUACAAGUUUUUAGUAUUGGGACUGUUUUAUUAGAGGAAUUUUAAGUCCAAUUACUACUCAUAGUAAUAUUGGUUACCUGAAAAGCGUCCGCUGGAAUCCCGCGGAGUUCCCCUCCCGUCACGUGCUUCUGUUCUCAUCUAUCUAAAAAUUACACUCCAUCAUUCCAACCAACGUUGGAAACUAGCAUAUUUUGACAUUUAAUCUCGAGGAUAUAGCAGAGACUCUUAAAAUCUGUUUGCGGUUAUCCGCACCCUACAACGAACCUCAUCAAAGCAUGACCCUACCCUCAACGUUAACCUCCUCAUCCGCAAUGCAACCCUCCCCCUCCCUCAAGACCGCAAAAUCGGCGCUCCGAAAGGUGAUAAAAGCUCGUCUCUCUACUCUACAACCAUCAAGCAUAGAAGAACAAAGCACAAUUGUCUCCAAUGCCGUCAUCUCCUGGCCCAAAUAUCAAGCCGCAAAGAGCAUCAGCGUCUAUCUCUCUAUGCCAAGCGCGGAGCUCUCCACGGCAGCCAUUGUGCGUGACGCGCUUGUGAAGGGGAAGAAAGUGUUUGUGCCGUACCUUCACCUGGCCACGGAGCGGGACCGUGGGCAAGAUGGAUACCUACCGAAGCGGUGUAUGGAUAUGGUGCGACUUCAUGGAUUGGAGGACUUUGAGGGGCUAGAGAAUGAUAGCUGGGGGAUCCCGACGGUGGCUGACGAGGGGGUGGAGAAGAGGGAGAGGGUUUUGGGAGGAGAGAGAGAGGCGCAGUUGGAUUUGAUGCUUCUUCCUGGAGUGGCGUUUCAGCCGAUUACUGGUGGUGAUGAGGACGGGAUGAUUAGGAGGUUGGGGCAUGGGAUGGGAUUUUACGAUUUUUUUGUUAGGAGAUACAAGGCGAAGACGAAGGAGGUGGCGGGCGAGGAGCCGCUGUUGGUUGCAUUGGCCCUCAAGGAGCAAGUGCUGGAGAGUGGGGAUGCGGAGGUACCGCUGGGAGAGCAUGAUGCAAUGUUGGAUGGACUGGUUAUUGGAGAUGGGAGGAUACUUGGUAAAGCAUGAAUGGCGUUGAAGGCGCUUAAUUAGGUCAUAGUUACUAUGAAUGCCAAUUUCAAUGACGGCGAUUGA